GUAUUGGCCCACACCACGUACUACGCCAGUAAGUAGCGUAGCGAGCGCAGCCAGGUCAAGUCAAGAGUAGUUUUUCACAUCGAUCCAUCUGCGUCGUCGCAAUAACCAAAUCGAGGUUCGCAGCAAAAACAAAUCCUCGUUCGCAGCCUCGCUCGAUAGAGAUGCCCGGCCGCAGUCGCAUACAUAUACGCCCGAAUGCCGGCGCCAGUUUCCUAGGUAGCUCUAGUAUCUCUCAGCUCUCAGCCGGCUCUGAUCGAUGCAGCAGUACCACGUGCUACUGAUCAUGGCGGGGCACCCGGCGGCGUCCUCUUCUCUCUUCGUCUCGCUCUUCUCCUUCCUCGUGGCCGCGCUGGUCGUCGGGCAGCAACAGGCGGCACUGGCCGCGGCGCAGGAGAGCGCUGCGGUGCCGGUGCCGGUGCCGGUCCGCGUCGGGGUGAUCCUGGACUGGGCGUCGCCGGUGUCGCGGAGGCGGCGGACGGGCAUUCAGAUGGCCGUGGAGGACUACUACGCGGCGCACCCGGGGUCGGCCGCAAAGGUGGAGCUCCAUUUCCGGGACUCGGCCGGGGACGUCGUCGGCGCCGCCUCCGCUGCGGUGGACCUGAUCAAGAAUGCGCAGGUGCAGGCCAUCAUCGGCCCGCAAACCUCGUCGCAAGCGGAGUUCGUGGCCAGUCUGGGCAGCCGGGCCCACGUCCCCGUGCUCUCCUACUCCGCCACCUCGCCGUCGCUCUCCCCGUCCCAGACCCCCUUCUUCGUCCGCACGGCCGCCAACGACUCCGUCCAGGCGCUGCCGCUCGCGGCGUUCCUCGCCGCGUUCGGCUGGCGCGCGGUGGCCGUCGUGCACGAGGACUCGCCCUACGGCGCCGGCAUCCUCCCGGCGCUCGCCGACGCGCUCGCCUCCGCUGGCGUCGGCAGCGGGGCCGCGGCGGCCAUCACGCACCGCGCCGCCGUGCCCGGGGACGCCAGCGACGAGCGCCUCGAUGCCGUGCUGUACGCGCUCGCGGCGGCGCCGACGCGCGUGUUCGUCGUGCACGCGAGGUACGCGCUCGCCGCGCGGCUGUUCGGGCGGGCGAGGGCGGCCGGCAUGGUGGCCGAGGGCUACGUCUGGGUCGCCACCGACGGCGUCGGGAGCUUCAUCGACAGGUUUUCCCGCGAGGAGCUCGAGGACAUGCAGGGCGUCGUCAGCGUCAGGCCUCGGGUGAAGUACACGACGAGCGAGGUGAGGAACUUCACGGCGAGGUUCAGGGCGCGGUUCCGGCGCGACUACCCGGAAGUCGACGACGAGCACGUUGUCCGUGAUGAACCCACCGUGAUGAGGCUCUGGUCGUACGACACGGCGUGGGCCAUUGCCGCCGCCGCGGACGUGGCCGCGCCCGGCGCGGUCCAGCCGACACCGCAGAGGAGAACGGCACUGACGGACCUGGACCGGGUGGGCGUGUCGGCGACGGGAGCGGCGCUUCUCAAGGCGGUGCUGGACACGAGUUUCGACGGGAUGGCCGGGAAGUUCACGCUCGUCGACGGGCAGCUGCAGGUGGCGGCGUACGAGGUGGUGAACAUCGUCGGGCGAGGCGCCAGGACGGUGGGGCUCUGGACGGCGCCGGAUUCGACCAAGGCGCUGAAACUGAAACACAUCCUGUGGCCAGGCGACACGCUGUCCACCCCGAAAGGCUGGACUCCGGCGUCGCAGAACGGGGGUAACCCGGUGCUCCGGGUGGCCGUGCCGGUGAAGCACGGUUUCAAACAGUUCGUGGACGCGGACCCGGAGAACUCAUCAAGGUUCACGGGCUACUGCAUCGACGUGUUCGACGAGGUGAUGAGGAGCCUGGCGUACCCGGUAGUCUACAACUACGUGCCGUUCCCGAACAGCUCGGACGCCUACGACAUGCUGGUGGACCUGGUGCGUCAGGGUGAGGCGGACGCGGUGGUGGGCGACGUGACGAUCACGGCGAGCCGGAUGGACAAGGGGGUGGAUUUCACGAUGCCGUUCACGGAGUCCGGCUGGGCCAUGGUCGUGGCGGUGCGGGAGGACGCCGGUGCGUCCUGCAUGUGGGUCUUCCUGCAGCCGCUGACCACCAGCCUCUGGCUCGCUAGCCUCGCCUUCUUCUGCUUCACCGGCUUCGUCGUCUGGGUCAUCGAGCACCGCGUCAACCCUGAAUUCCGCGGCACCCCCUCCCAGCAGUUCGGCCUCAUCUUCUACUUCGCCUUCUCCACCCUCGUCUUCUCCCACAAGGAGAAGCUGGAGAGCAACCUGUCGAGGUUGGUGGUGAUCGUGUGGGUGUUCGUGGUGCUGAUCCUGACGUCGAGCUACACGGCGAGCCUGACGUCGAUGCUAACGGUGCAAAAGCUCCAGCCGACGGUGACGGACGUGAGGGAGCUGCAGAGGUGGGGGCACAACAUCGGGCACCAGGAGGGCACCUUCAUCAAGCCCUUGCUUGUUAAGAUGGGCUUCGACGAGCGGAGGAUGAAGAAGUACAGCACGGUGGAGGAGUACGCGGAUGCGCUGUCCAGGGGUUCGGCGAACGGCGGGGUGGACGCCAUGUUCGACGAGAUCCCGUACCUGAAGCUCUUCCUGUCGCAGUACUGCGACGGGUACAUGAUGGUAGGGCCCGUGUACAAGACGGACGGGUUCGGGUUCGUGUUCCCGAGGGGAUCGCCCAUGGUGUCGGACGUGUCGAGGGAGAUACUGAGGCUGGCGGAGGGGGAGAAGAUGGCGCGGAUCGAGAAGGCGUGGUUCGGCGAGCCGGAUGCCGGUGCUUGCCGGAGCAGCAGCAGCGCCGCCGCUGUCGGCUCGUCUAACCUCAGCUUCCGGAGCUUCGGCGGGCUGUUCCUCAUCACCGGCGUGGUGUCCAUCCUCAUGCUGCUGCUCUACCUCGCCACUUUCGCAUACCGAGAGCGUGACGAGCUCCGGGCGGCGGAGGCCGAGGCCAAGGCCGAGGCCGCCAGUGGCUCUGGCUCCCGGAGCGCGUCGGUUCGGAGGAUGCGUGCGUGGCUGCAGCACUACGACAGGAAGGACCUCAAGUCACCUACAUUCAAGACGUGGAACGACGACUCUCUGAGGAACGGCAGCGAAUUCGCGGGCCGGACACCAAGAUGGAAUGCUGAGAGCCCGAGGAAUGGCACACCGAUUGCCGGGGAGGAGGAACAUGCCAUGGGCGGGAGGAGCCCCCUGAGCGUGUACAUCAGCUCAGAGAUGAACACCAGCUCUCCACCGGAGGGAACACCCGUGUCGGUGAUGGGCGAGUCAUUCGAGCAGAGGGUUGAGGGGGCAGCAGCCUCCGAGAUGGGAAGGUCACCGGCCUCUCAAGUGCAGUAGGUUUUCCGUGAUUUGCAGUAGAACGCAAUUCCAUGAGGAAUGCUAGCAUAGGAUUUCCGUGCAGUCUUGCCACUACUUGUAAUUUGGCUAAAAUUUGUUUGUAUUCGUAUUCUAGUGGUCAUUAGCAAAUUCAUAGGAAGCUGUACACCAAAACAUUAUGUCCAAGAGGAAAGGAAUGUCAUUAUCAU